AUGGCGGCGGGCAGCGCCGGCACCGGGCCGGGAGCGGGGCCCGGCGGAGGCCCCGGGGCCCGCAGGGGCAGCGCGAGCCGGGACGCGGAGGCCGAGGUUUGGUGCCGGCGGGUGCGGGAGCUGGUGAGCGCGGUUCCCGCCAACCGGCUCUGCUUCGAAUGCGGCCAGCGCGGCGUCACCUACGUGGACAUCAGCGUGGGCAGCUUCGUGUGCACCGGCUGCUCGGGGGCGCUGCGGGGACUGAACCCCCCGCACCGCGUCAAGUCCAUCUCCAUGACCACGUUCAGCGAGGCCGAGGUGCUGUUCCUGCAGGCGCACGGCAAUGAGGCCUGCAGGAGGGUCUGGCUUGGCACCUUCGACCCCCGGACGUCGCUGCUCCCCGACUCCCGUGACCCCCAGAAGGUGAAGGAGUUCCUGCAGGAGAAAUACGAGAAGAAGCGAUGGUACAUGCCACCAGAACAAGUGAAAGAACAAGCGAAGCCCCACCAAAGCACCUCAGCAGAGCCCGGGCCCCCCCAGCUCCUCCACGGGGACACAGGGACGCUGCCACAGCCUCGCCCAGCUGCCCGAAAAGCCAGCACCGACCUCCUGGCUGACAUCGGGGGGGACCCCUUCGCCAGCCCAGCCCCUGCCCCCGCCUUCGCUGCCUUCCCUGGCCCUGCCCCAGCCCAGUCUGCCUUCCCUGCUUUCGAUGCCUUUGGAACCAGCCCUGGAGCACCCACGUUUGGGGGGGCUGUGCCCCCCUUCCACAUCCCCCCCAGCACCACAGGCUACACCAACCCCUUCACAGCUCCUGUGGCCCCCAGACCCUCCACAAACCCCUUCGAGAUCAACGGGCCUGGUGCUGCUUUCACCUUGUCCCCUGUUCCUGGGGGCUUCCCCAGCCCCUUCCAGGCCGAUGGUUUGCCUUUCUCUGGGUUCAGCGUUGCCAAAGCUUCCACCAACCCCUUCGUGACCGUCCCGGCCCCGGCAGCACCGUUCGGGAUCCGGCACCGGGCCACCAACCCCUUCCUGUGACCACAGCUGCUCCUGGGGGCCCAGCAGGGCACGGCCCCUCCGCCGGGACCAGGUUUUAUUUUUGUUCCGAGAGAUUUAUCGCGAUAUCUAAUAUAUAUUCGGUAAAAACGGC